AUGCCGUCUUCAGCAGCCAAGCAAUGGGUUGUGUGCGACGACGAGCUCGACGAAGCGACCGCUCAGAAGCAGCACGUCGACGCCGACGCCCUGCAUCGGUUAAAGCACUCCGCCGACGGGCACCACAUCCUCAUCCCUCAACCGGACGACAACCCUCGCAACCCGUUGAACUGGUCCGAAGGCAAGAAAUGGGCCACGCUCAUCGCCAUCUCCUUUGCCGCGUCCUUGCCCGAUUACGUACGUUCGUGCUUCCCUUUACUCCUGGUGAACCCAAGACUUGACUAGAGGCGCUCGGACUGGCUGCGCGCGGCGGCCUCGUUCGCCGACGGUCGUCGCUUUCGCGCGUGACGAAAUCCAUGACGGGAGUCGAGCCACGGCCGGCCGAUACCUCCGCUCUGCGUUGGAUUCUCAGCGACUCAACAGCCCAGGACCAUGCAUGUACCUGCAAUUCAUGCUGACGUGUUCUUCGUUUUCUACUGCAGGGAUCCGCAACGGGUUAGUGGUGCCUCCCUCCCUUCGUGGGCGCUCGGCCCAACUCCGCGAACCCGAAAGAAACCGGCCUGCCUCCUGUCUCGGGUGAACAUCACUGACCGAGGCCGCAUUCCUUUCUCUUUCUCUCAGGUGCGACAACUCUGAUCCCCCAGGGUAUCGAUUGGGACCUUUCGCCCAACUAUGUCAACCAUUCGCAAGCCGGUAACGUGAGUCCUCAGAGCCGAGCAGCGCAGUUUGCUGCGCCAGCUCCGGUGUCAGGCGAAGUUCCGUUUCAUCGAGACUGACCGGCUAUAUCCGCGUCAUUCUGGCUCCCUCAGGUCUUCAUGUUGGGUGCCGGAGGUAUCUUUGCCGUCGCCUUGUCGAACGUCUACGGCCGCUUGCCCGUCGCAUUCUGGAUGUUGGCCCUCUCGGUCGUCUUCGCCGUGCUCUGUGCCGCCGCCCCAAAUUUCAACACCUUCUUCGCCGCCCGUAUCUUGCAAGGCUUCUUUUCCGCCCCUUGCCAGGCCACCGGUCUGAUUAUCGUUAGGGAUAUCUACUUCUUCCAUUCCCAAGUCAGAAAGGUCAAUAUUUGGUCCGGUGAGUCGUGGUUCGGUUUUCGCCCAGGUUGAGAAGUCGAACUACUGGACUGACGCAUGUCCUUAUACGAAUCGAAUCAGGUUUCUUGAUUCUUUCGCCAUACGUCGGUCCAAUCAUCUCGGCCGCGAUCCUGUCCUCGAAUUCCAAGAACAUCAAGCUCUGGCACUGGUCCUUCGGGUCGUACUCGAUGUUGUGCGCCUUGGCUUUCCUCGGCGUCGUCCUCUUCGUUGACGAGACAUGGUACAACCGCGACAUCCCCGAACGGAAUCAACCCCCCACCGGCGGACGACUCGCGAGGAUGACGGGUAUCGGGCGACCCAAGGGCUCGUCGACGAGGUAUACGCUUUACGAGGCUUGGUACCGUAUGUUCGUGUCUUUAAUCAAGCCCCCUGUCUUGGCCAUCUGCAUUUCGUUCGGUCUUAACUUUGCUUGGUGAGUUCGAGGCGCUAGGCGAUCUGAACGGCUCGGAACCCUCUCAGCUGACUUCAUCCCCCCUCUUCUCUCUAAACCCAGGGUUGUCGGUAUCAAUACCACUUUGCCCAUCUUCCUCGUCCCCCUGUACGACUUCGGCGACAAGCAAAUCGCUCUCUUUUACUUCACCCCCGUCGUCGCUACGAUCCUCGGUGAAGGGGCCGCGCACGUCAUCAACCCCCGUAUCCAGGAAUGGACCCUGAAACGGAACCACGGUGUCUGGAAGCCCGAGAACCGUCUGAUCGUCAACCUCAUCGCGUUCCCUUUCUGCCUCUUGGGUCUCAUCCUGAUCGGCUUCGCGUUCGAACACCGUUACCACUUCAUGCUCAUCAGUUUCGCAUGGGGCGUCUACGUCUUUUCCAUUAUGCUCUCCACCGCUGGUUACUACCAAUACCUUCUCGAUAUCUACCCUACCGAGUCCGGUGAACUUUCAGCUUGGAUCAACUUCUUCCGUGUGCUCGGGGGUUUCACCGUCUCGUACACGAUCGUCGACUUUGUCAAUUCCAAAGGAGCCAUCAAGGCGUUCAGUAUCUUUGCCGGUCUUUCGACGAUCGCUUCGCUCAUAGUUCCGGCGUUGAUGUACUGGGGUCCUGCGUUGAGGGAGGCUUACCCUUCGGUCGGGUUGGCGAUUCCGUCCAAGACGGCCAGUUUCGUUCCGUCCUCGGCUUCGGGGGAGAAGGACACGAGCAGCAUGGAGAAGCCCGAGGUGCACCAGAUCGCUUGA